CUACCUGUGGAGGAGGAGGUCCGCGUUCGGUUCCGGAGGUCGUGCACACAGCAGCAGGAGCGCCAUGCUGGGAGUGGACGCGUGUGAGGUCGGGGGGCAGGUGCUGGAGUUGCUGUGGAUCGCCAUGUGCUACAGAGGCCUGGUAGGAGACGAAGACGAUGCUCCCGCUGAGACAGUGGCCUUCAAAGCUCCAGCGCACAAGACUCUAGAGGAAAUCCAACGUCUGGACCAGGACGAUGAGAGCCUGGUGAGAUACAAGAACACUCUACUGGGACUGCCCUCGUCCUUCUCAGGAGACACUCCGAACGUGCAGGUGACCAGUAUGACGUUGCUGUUUGACGAGGCCUUACCACCACUGACCAUGGACCUCACAGGGGACCUCAGCAAGCUUCCAGUGUUUGCCUUAAAGGAGGGAGUGCAGUACAGAAUAAAGAUACUCUUCAAGGUGAAUCAUGAGAUCGUUUCUGGAUUGAAAUACUUUCAUGUAACCUCAAGAAAAGGAGUGAAAGUGGAGAAAGAUGCUUACAUGGUGGGCAGUUAUGGACCACGGGCUGAGGAACACGAGUUCAUUUCCCGCGUGGAAGAAGCUCCCAAAGGCAUGAUCGCACGCGGCCACUACACCAUCAAGUCUCGCUUCAUUGAUGAUGACAAGAACGUGCAUUUGGCCUGGGAGUGGGGCAUUGAUAUCAAAAAAGACUGGGAGUGAAUAGGGGGGAAAUAACCUCUCCUUUGUCAGAUCUUAACUCCAGCAGGUAGGUCACUGUAAAAUGGGACUAUGGCAGUAUGUUUAAGUAUUUUCCUUUUUCAUUAGAACUGGUGAUAGAGAAUAAGGUCAAGUUAGGUACUGUAUAAACUGCUUUUUGGGGUCAAUGAUGUCAAAAUUCUGCUUUUCUGUGCAGUUUAAAUCAUUUGCCGUAUGCUCUUUUGCAUCAAGGCUUAUGUUUUCAUCCCACAAUAUCAUUUUUGUAAACCGGUAAUGAAACCUUGACAGUCAUGAUGCAAAGAAAAGAUCACAUUAAUUCCAGGGUUGCGGUAAAAAUCUAUUCUUUCUAAGCUUUGGUCAUUGGAAAUCUGUGUAUACUGUAGAAAGACAUGCAUGUAGUUCGUUGAAAUCAGAUACAAUUUCUUCAAUAAAUCUUAAUGAGCCCUUUGAAAAUGUUUCCUAGACAUGCAAUGUGAAUACAACACAGCUUAUAAUAAACACUUUAAUAGAAAAUAAUAGGAAUAAUACAACUGGAGCCCCUUUCCCCUUUAUAAACCAAUUAUCUGUGGUAAUUAUUUGAAUAUGAUAUUGUCACUUUGCUAAACAUUAAUAUGAAAACCACAUUGGAACAUACUGUAAUUGUUGGCUUGUUGGGUGUUGCAUGGUUUAGUCGGAUUCUAUUACUUUUAACAUGUUUAUUGUAAAGUUGAUGUGAUGAAAAUAAGACUAGUGGCUCACAGGAAAACAUUUGUGCGUCUCCUGCCUCUCACUGUAAAAAGUGCCACUGUCAGUGUCAAUUAUGUAUUCUGUAUCUUUUAAUAAAGGCUACCAACCAA